UGCCCGAGCCGCCCGGGUCAGAGUCAGUGCUCCCAGACCCUCGUGUGCCAUGGGGCUGCUGCUCCCAGCCGUGCUGCUGGGCCUGUUUGGCGUGGCACUCGCCGCCGAAGAGUCGUGCGUGGGCCACUGCGACGCUGCCUUCAACUCCAGUAUGAAAUGCCAGUGCGACCCACUGUGCGUGUACUACCAGAGCUGCUGCAGCGACUACAACAGCGUCUGCAAAACCAAAGUGACCCGCGGGGACGUGUUCACCUUCCCGGAGGACGACUACAGCUACUUCUACGGCAACAAAGGCGACCCCUUCGACCAGGGCACAGGGAGCCCUGAUGUGGCCACGACCUUCCCUGCCCCAAGCACGAGCGAGAUGUGGACUGAAGAGCCUACGCAGCAGUGGGAGCUGAGCACCGAUCCGAGUGUGACCACCGAGGCGCUGCCAGCUACGGUGGACUGGAACCAGGACGAGGAGCAGGAGGAGGCAUGCAGUGGGAAGACCUUUGACGCAUUCACCGACCUGAAGAAUGGCUCCAUCUUCGCCUUCCGAGGGAAAUACUUCUAUGAGCUGAAUGAGACCAGUGUGAUGCCGGGAUACCCUAAGUUGAUCCGGGAUGUCUGGGGGAUGGACGGACCCAUUGACGCCGCCUUCACCCGCAUCAACUGCCGGGGAAAGACCUACAUCUUCAAGGGCAGUGAGUACUGGCGCUUUGAUGACGGUGCCCUGGACCCCGGCUACCCGGCCAACAUCUCAGAAGGCUUCAAGGGCAUCCCUGAUGACCUGGACGCGGCCUUUGCGCUCCCUGCGGAGAACUACGCCGACAAAGAACGCGUCUACUUCUUCAAAGGCAGGCAUUACUGGUCCUACGAAUUCGCCCAGCAGCCGACCUGGGAGGAGUGCGAGGAGCAGGACUCCCAGUCGGCCGCGUUUUGGCACUUUGCCUUUCUGGUGGGCACCGACUGGGACAAUAUCUUCGACAUGCCCUUUGGCCUCAGCAGCAAAAGGAGCAGGGGCCCCCGCCUCAUCAGCAGGGACUGGCGGGGGUUGCCCAGCCGCGUGGAUGCCGCCGUGACGGGCAGGAUCUACCUCGCCCCACCCUCGCCCAGCAAGUCGCGGAAGAGGAAGUCGCGCCGGCAGCGUAAGCGGUACCGGCACCGGCCCUUCUCCCGCAGCCGGUCCUCCCGCCGCUUCUGGCCCUGGCUGCAGGACGACUCUGAGUCCUGGGAGCUGGACAGCGACUGGGUGUACAUGGGCACCCGGUGCCAGCCCGUCCAGAGCAUCUACUUCUUCGUGGGAGACAAGUACUACCGAGUCAACCUGAAGACCAUGCGUGUGGACUGGGUGCACCCUCGCUACCCGCGGCCCAUCGCCCAGUACUGGCUGGGCUGCCCCCGGCUGGAACCGAAGAGAGCCUGACGGGGACCUGCCGCCCCCUUGGUGCCGCCCCAGCUUCUGCUGGAGCCAAAUAAACAGUGAGUUGAGGCA